UCAAACUUUCCUUUGAAUGUGUCAUCAUCACAGGUCGUCUGAGUCGCCUGUUGAAAAGGAGAGCAGUCAAUAAUGGCAAUAAUAAAGGAGGGUCCUCUGCCGGAGGCAACGAAAUGGCCUCGUGCGAGAGCCCCGGCGUUUAUUUGCCGACAGAAGCCCAACGUUCGCCUGCAGAUGACUGGUCUGAUUGGACCUCAUUCACCCUAGAACUGGAAGUUCAUCCGACCACUGGAGCGGACGGCAGCUCGUUAAGCAGCGGCAGCACCGGCAGACGGAACAAGGGACCGAAUCAUCUGUGCGAGACUUUACUGGGAUUCGUGCCAGGUGUCACACAAUCGGUCGACUGGCACGGCGAAGUCUCGUUGAGGCAGAGAGUCAUUGUCGACAAACUCACGCCCGGAGGCCCACUUCACCAAGGAUUCGCUCACGUACAGCAAGGUGAUUGGCUGGAGAAACUCAACGGUCAGAACGUGACUCACAGAGAUUUGAACGAUAUUUUAUCCUCCAUCAAUUCCCGUGAAAUUGUCGAGUUGAACUUUAGGAGGAGACCCACAUCCAACGACAACCGCAAUCAGGAGCCGAGUGGAGGUAACAGCGGCGAGACUCCUGCGCCUCCUCACGGCAUUUUCUUGCUCAGUCAGGAGAAUGUGACUGAAGCCUCGGCCGAGACGGCAGACAUCCUUUACCAGAGCAGCAGCAACACCAACCGAGGAGGAGGAGGAGGAGGAGGUACAGACACGAGCAACGGGAUUGAUCCGUUGCUCAAAUGGCGUGGCGCCAUCGUCACGCUGGCUCACUUGAUGCCACAACUGACGGGCUCUGCCCCACCAUCUUGUUCGACUGUUAUCCUCGACGGAAUGAUCGUCCAUCUCGUUUACAUCGUCGAAGGAUCCGUCCUAUUCCUCAUCGGAGCUCCUUCCAUUUGGUGUAGUCGCAUCGAGCUGCAGAUGACGGCCAAACAGCUGGCGUCGCUAUUCCGUUUCCAGUAUGGCUCCAUCCGCAGGGCAUUGACUGAACCGCGACUGGCAGGCGAAAUCCGUCGCAUGGUCGACUCUCUCUUCCAUUGGCUCCAGCAAGGAGCCGGCGCUAGGAGCGUCGGAAAUGCAUCGACCGUUAGCCCAGGGGGCAGUAACGACAUGAGCCGGCCAUUCAAUCGACUCUCCAACUACUUCGUCACCUGCGGCCAAUGGCUCCCGCUACCUCCCGAAAGUCACCUGGACGUGACGUUAACUCUCAACCAAAUGGAAGCCAUCGAUUACGAGGACUGGGAUGAAGAGUCAAUCAGCAUUCAACGAUGCGCUACCAUCACCGGAUCGGCCGUGUAUUGUCAGGGUUAUCUGGUGGCUUCGACAAUGGCAGCCAAGCGACUGGAAGAGAUCGGCACUUUUCUCAAGUGGAACCAGAUCUUGGAGAUGAGCCAUCGCCGUCGAUUGAGCAGCUUGAUUAUCUGGCGCCAAGUGUUCCCAGAGUCUGAAGAUGCUGGAAAUCAAUCCUUUCUUGUCGUCGUCGGAUCGGGUCACAUUCUCGUUGUUGCUCUACUAGAGUCGGGAGGCGUUACCCAAUCGUGGGAUCAUUAUCCAGAUACUUUUCUCAUUGAAGAAAUGCAGUUUUUCCUGCAGGAAUUGCAGUACCUCGACCUAGAAACGACCUGCAAUCAAAUAUUGAACGGACCACAGAAUCCGGCCCUGGUCACGAAUCUCAGCCAAGUUUCUGAAUGUACAACGCCGAUAUCUUCGUCACCCGAGUCGGAAAUGCCGACCUUUAGGUACUUCCGUUGUUUUAUAUCAUCGCGCUCAGCGACGCCCAGUUGGAAGCUCAGCAGCAUCACUCCAGGGCUCAGGCCAACCAUGAUCAAUUACCUGUCGAUGGAUUUCGGUACAGGUGUAUUCGUCGCCCCGACCAUCUUGAACGCUGGAACCAGGUUUAUCGAUCAAUUUCAGAAAACUUGUCUGACGAUUCACAAUUUAUUUCAGCGAACUCUUAAAGCUAAAAUGGAUUUACAAAGGCCCGAUUGGGGUGGCCCUUGGUCUGAUAAGAGUUUAGUGGCACUUCAAGAGGUCUCGGUUGUUUUUACAGUCACUGAAUCUCCUCCCAGUCCCGGCAGCGGGACGAAAUCGACCCCGAUGAGCGACAGUUUUUGGGUCACUGGGAGGCUGUUUCUAUCCCCUGUUCAUCGGGAGCUGUUCAUUUGCCACCAAGAUGGCGUAGCACAGGAUAUUUUGGAUCUUGCCUUCCAUUUAGCAUUCGGAGCCGUCCUUUAAAAUAGAUUUUCCUGGAUACUCAUCGAAUUACUACAAAAAAAUGUGUUUUCCUAUUAUAGUGUGUGCUCGUUUCUUGUUAUUUAUUUUAUCCGCAUAAUGUGUAUGCCAGGGGAAGCCUUUUCCCGGGCGCACCUUUAAUUUUUCUCGCCAGAUGUCGCCACGAUCGAAUGUUGAUUAUUUAUUUUUUCAUGAGAUAUUGUAAUCUGUUGUUUGCUGAUAUAUUUCGAGUUGAUGAAAAGUAAAACAUAAAUCGAAUGAAAUACGAAA